AGUGGCGCCAGAGUUUUGAACGGCGCUUUUGGGAGUGGAGGGCCGAUCCUCUGCGUGGUCGCCUGGAUUGCAGUUCGCCAUGACCGUCCCCUCCCUUGAGGAGCUGGACUCCUUCAAGUACAGUGACCUGCAGAACUUGGCCAAGAGUCUGGGCCUCCGGGCUAACCUGAGGGCAGACAAGUUGUUAAGAGCCUUAAAAGCCCACCUUAAAAAUGAAGCAAGAAAAGAAAAUGAGAAUCAGGAUGAAAUUCAAACUUCUGCAUCUUCUUGUGAUGAGAUUGAGGUACAGCUCAGCAGCCAGGAACAAGCUGAGAGGGAGCCAGUUGGCCAUGUCACCAAAACAAGGAGAAGGCGCAGGACUGUCCGCAGGAGCCCUGACUCCCAGCAGGAUCAUUCAGAGAUAAAAGUAUGUGAUCCUACUGAAUUCCAGAAUCAAGAAAAGCAUGAAAACCAGGCUCUCAGAACUGCUGUAGAAGCUCCUUCUCUACCAAACAAGAGUCAAGAUGAGAAUGCAGUGCCCUCAGGAAAAAGUGGAAUAAAUGGUAAUGAAGGUCCAAAGAUACCUUCAGAAAGAAAGAAGUCUCUCUACACAAAUGGGUUUUCCAAACGUGGAAAAAAUAAAAGAACUGCAAGCACUACUCCAAAUUUUAAGAAGCUUCAUGAGGCUCGUUUUAAGGAAAUGGAGUCCAUUGAUCAAUAUGUUGAGAGAAAAAAGAAACAUUUUGAAGAACACAAUUCAUUUAAUGAACUGAAGAAGCAGCCCGGCACUAAGGGAGUGGCGGCAACUCCAGUUCCUCCCCGAGAAAGACUCUCUGUGGCUUGUACCCCCGCCAGCCAACGGGGCUCACAAGGCCGGCCCCACGCAGGCCGUAGCACCUUGUGUGUGAAGGGGCUGGCCAAGCGCUCCGCGCUCUCAGCAACUAAGAUGAACGUCAGGUUUUCAGCUGCUACUAAAGAUAAUGAGCAUAAGCGUUCACUGACCAAGACUCCAGCCAGAAAGUCUCCACAUGUGACCACAUCUGGGAGUACCCCAAAAGGCCAGGCUGUGCUCGGGACACACAAGUUAAAGACCACAAGGGCUGAAUCUGCUGCUGUUAUUACCCCGUUCAAUUUGACAACUGAGGCAGCGCAGACUCCGAUCUCCCAUAGAAAACCAGUGUUUGAUCUCAAAGCAAGUUUGUCUCGUCCCCUCAACUAUGAGCCACACAAAGGAAAACUGAAACCAUGGGGACAAUCUAAAGAAAACAGUUCUCUGAAUGAACAUGUCAACAGAGUUAGCUUACACAAGAAAAGUUAUAAACAACCUCAUCUCCAGACCAGGGAGGAGCAACGGAAGAAACAUGAGCAAGAACGAAAGGAGAAGAAAGCAAAGGUUCUGGGAGUGCGAAGGGGCCUCAUUAUGGCUGAACAUUCAUAAUUUAAUAUCCUGUAAAUAUUCCUUUUCUCUGAACCCUCUUUUGUAAAUAUUUUUGUACUGUCCUCUCACUUUAGCCAGAAGACCUUUUUCUGCUCUUAACUUUGUUCAUAUAUAUGUAGUGUCUGUGGCUUCUUCACAUGUUUUACCCCUGAAAAGACAUUACUACCUUUAAAGCUCUCAAAUUCUUUUGAAAUAGUUUUUACCUAAGCCCCUGUACAACUAACUCAGUUUUCUAAAAAGACCCAUCCUAUAGAUUCUUGACCUAGAUUUUUAAGGUCAAGUUCCCUCUGCUGGCUCUAAUAACAGAACUUCAGUCCUCUUCUAGGCAAAAGCACUUACCUGAUGGUAGCUAAUUAUACUACAGACUUUAGUAGAAAUUGAACAAUAACAAGUUAUGAAUAGGGUAAGCUGUGAAAGGCCACCUCUUCAUCCUCUAGAGAACCUAGUAGUCUUACCGAAACUGUGGGCCAUAUGGGUUUGUAAGGUAUCAAUAUUUUAUCUAUGCGAAAUGUUUCAUUUAAGCUUCUGUGUACCUUUUUCAGAUCACUUCAUGUAAUUGUCAAUUACAUAUCUCAAUUACGUAUCUUUUUUUUUUUUUUUUCCUCAAUGUAUUAAAAAUAAAACUCUACAGCUCAUUCUGGCCUGGCUUAUUUAGAAAUAUACAGGGUCGUAUUGAAAUUU